AUGGUGCUCAAGUACUUCUCCUAUGGCUCAUUGAUAGCUGUGCUUUUCGUCGGCUACACACUCUCCGUGCUGUACGAACAAUAUUCGAAAGAGAAGAGGAUUCGGAAGUUGGGUGAAGUCGCGCCAAAAUGCAAGACAUGGGCUCCCUGGGGUCUCGAUUUCCCAUUCUAUUCAACAGCAGCCCUUCAGAGAAAUGAAGCCGUAGAGUUCUGGACGUACUUGUUCGAAAGCACUGGCGGUAUCGCCAAACUGUCAUAUACCUGCGAACUUCGUCUCCUGUCGUCAGUCCGCGUCAUUUUCACCGCCGACCCGGACAACAUCAAGGCCAUAUUGACCACACAGUUCCAGGAUUAUGGCAAGACAGAGCCCUUCCACGAAGAAUGGAAGGACUUCUUGGGCGACAGUAUCUUCACCACGGAUGGGAAACAAUGGUCGGACUCGCGUAAUCUGAUCAGGCCUAUGUUCCAGCGAGAGCGCGUGUCAGAUCUGGAACUAGUUGAAGUGCAUGUGCAGAAACUCCUCAAGUUCCUUGGGCCUGGUGAUGGCAGGCAGCUGCGGCUGGAUACGCUCUUCUUCCGCUUCACUCUUGAUGCGUCAACACAUUUCCUGUACGGAGAGUCUGUAAACAGCUUGGACAAUCCGGACUCGGAGUUUGCGACUGCGUUCGAUGAGGUGCAGCAUGUUCAGGUGUUGGAGGGUAGACUGGGCCCAUUCCGGCACUAUUAUCCCAAGGGUGGUAAGCGGGCGGCUCUGAAGAAGCUCGACAAGUUCAUGGAUCCCAUCAUCAGCAAUGUGCUGAAGCUUACCCCGGAAGAAAUCGAGACGAAGCUAUCCAAGUCGGAUACCUUCAUCCAUGCGCUGGCGCGGUUUACCCGCGAUAGAAAGGUCAUGCGCGAUCAGAUCAUCAGCCUACUGCUCGCUGGACGGGAUACUACAGCAUGUACGCUCUCAUGGCUGUUCCUUGAGCUGUCCCGCAAUCCAAAGGUCGUGGAAAGGCUACGGGAAGAAAUUCAUGAGCACAUCGGCACGGAUGGAAGGCCUCCAACUUAUCAGGAAAUCAAAGACAUGAAGUAUCUCACCUGGGUCAUCAACGAGACGCUUCGCCUGUACCCGGUCGUGCCUUUCAACGUGCGUGGUGCGCUGAAGGACACGACACUACCUCGUGGUGGUGGACCUGAUGGGAAACAGCCGCUUGGAAUCCUGAAGGAUACUCCUAUUGGGUACAGCACUAUCCUCAUGCAACGCCGGCGAGAUCUCUACCCACCAAUCUCAGAGAGCUUCCCCUACGACCCACUCGACUGGGUUCCAGAGCGAUGGGCGACCUGGACACCGAAAGCGUGGCAGUACAUUCCUUUCAACGGAGGUCCUCGCAUCUGUAUCGGGAUGAAUUUUGCUAUGUCUGAGAUGGGAUACACUGUUGUACGAUUGCUGCAGGAGUUCGACACGAUUAUCGAUUAUGGCAAUACGACCACUGCAAAGUGUGAGAUUGUCAUAACGCCUGCUGAUGGAACGAAUGUCGGAUUUGUGAAGAGUGCUGUCAAGGCUUAA